AUGACCGUCCCGCGGCGUCGAAGAGGGUGGCAAUGCGUAGCCGCGCUUUCUAUCUCAGGUGCUUUGCUGCUCCCAUCCUUUGUGGUUCCGCAGGGCUCUCAUGGCCACAGCCCACGGCUGCUGCGGAGAGCCAGCGACAGAUCUGACGAAAGCAGCACGCUGGGUCUUUCUGUGCUGAUUGCAGGGGCAGGUCCUGCAGGUUUGCUUCUGGCAGACCGGCUAUUGUCAGCUGGAUGCUCCGUACAUAUAGUUGAGGCACGCCAAGACCCUAGGAGUGGCAGCCUCGAAGGUCGAGCUUAUGCACUCGGUCUUGGCCUCCGGGCGCAACAGACGAUUCGGACCGUUGAUGACAAACUUUGGGAGACUAUCAAGCCCAGUGGCUUUGCCAGCGAGCGUUUCAAGCUCCAUUUGUCCCCCAAAAUCGCUAUUGACCUUCGAACGCCGGAAGACAACAAUGGCCUUGAACCAAGCCUCUUGAUCUACCAGUCAGACCUGUGCUCCGCUAUGUUGGACCACUUGGAAACCAACUUUGGAGGUUCGGGAAGAUUGCGAAUCUCUUUCCAAAGCCGCCUGAAGUUCCUCAAUGCGGCGACAGGUGCUGCAAGUGUGCAGAAAGGUGAGCAGCUAGAGGAACUGCCAUCAGCGGAUUUGGUAGCAGGUUGUGAUGGUGUAAACUCUGCUGUCCGCUCAAGCAUAGCAGCGGCCUGCCCAGCGUUUGAGGUGGCGCAGACCAAACUGCCUGGCAGCUUUAAAGUCCUGCGGUUUCCUCAGAUGCCUUCCGAGCUGGAUCCCACAGCGGUGCAUCUUUUUACUGGAAAGGGGGGAACAUCCGCCUUCAUAGAGCCAACUGCACGUGGAGCUUGCGCUCUUAUCAACUGGCGGGAUGGGGUGAAUGUCCAAGAGCUGCCAAGCUUGGGCGAGCUGCAGGAUCCAGAAGAGGCUCGAGAGACCCUCUCCUCCUACUUCCCUGCGAUUGCGGAGGCAAUCACAGAUGAUGCUGGCAAGCAGUUCGUCUCGCAAAAGGCAUCACAGGCUUCAACUGUGAAGUGCAACACGUAUCACUUCGGCAGAGCAGUGCUGCUGGGAGAUGCGGCACACUCCACAGGAGGAGUCAGUGGGCAGGGCUGCUCCUCUGCGAUGAAGGACUCAGUUGUGCUUGCAGAGCUGCUUCAGCGCGAGGUCGGAGGUGCCAAGCGAGACACUCUGGAGGUCUUGUCAAUGUACUCACGCCAGCAGGUUCCUGAAGGACAUGCAUUGCUAGACCUAUCCUUGGGACCCAGCGAGAAAGCUGGGCCCCUGCGGAAGGCCCUUUACAAUGCUGCAUCUUUGGCGGGAACUUUGUUGAGCAAAUUGGGGAUUGGAGAUCCUCCACUGCAGACCCUUCUGACAACUUCCUUGACUCCCUUCUCUGACAUACGACGUGACCGCGACUUCUUUUUUGGAGAGUUUCCGCAACAAGAAGAAUUUGAUUCAAUGAUCGAAAGGUGGGAGCGCCUGGAUCUUCUGCGAAAGGAAGGAUCUUUUUGUGACGUGGUGAUGCUGAGCUCAGAUGGUCAGCGCUUUCCAUCUCAUGCCGUCGUCCUAGCCUCUUGCAGCGAAAAGCUGAAAAAAAUUAUGGAACAAGCCAAGGCAGGCAAGCUGCAGCAAGUGCAGUCACGAGAGGAAAACGCUGAGAACGGUUCGGCCAAGCCGGAAGCUGUCACAGGUGCCAGUGCAGCGGCAGUGUCUGCAGUGCUGGAUUUUAUCUAUUCUGGCCAAGCCCAGCUUGUGCUGAACGUGGUUCCUGAGGUCGCGCGCUUGGCUCGGCGCUGGGACUUGAACUCCUUGCAGGAGGCACUUGCCAGUAGUGUGGCUUCAGAAGAUGGUGGACUCACCCCAGACGUCGUGGCGGGGCUUUUCGCCCUAGGGGAGCCCUUUGGAGAGCAGCUCGGGGCAGCAGCAAGGACGUUUGUGCUGAACAACUUUUCAAGCUGUGCAAGCACAGAUCCCUUCACUCGAUGGCCGCAAAAGGUGCUGGAGCACCUCCUGAAAAGUGAUCAACUAGUGGUCACUAAUGAAGAGGAGACCCUCUUGUGGGUGGCUCGCUGGCGAGGGGCUAAAGCAGGCAGGGAAGAUGCUGCCGUUUCUGUGCUUUCAGCCAUUCGUUGGCCUUUGUUGUCUUUGUCGACUCUGGAAGCCUUAUCGGAUAGCAAAGGCUUCGCCAAUGGCGCCUUUGCUGAAACAGUGGCAGAGCGUUGUAAAGCUGCAAAAGUAGCUCAUCAAGGCCUGGAAGCCUUGCCUCAUGUGCGACAAGGCUUUUGUGGGUGGUGGUCUGGCUUGGGCUGUGCUGCUAAGGGCGGUGUGGUCAUUGCUGGGCAGGGUUCACCUGGCAAAGAGCCUCUAAAGCCGAAAGCAAUACGCCCACAUGAAGGCACGUUGCUGGUGUUGGAUGGCACUGAAGAGCCAGGUCGAGUAGUACAGUGGUUCCUUCGCAUGCAUAGUGGCCGAAGUCUGGCUGGAAAGGGCAGUGAGUUGCAAGACAGCUUUGAAGACAUGGCAGAUAUUUGGAGUGGUCCCGACGAUGCUUUCUACAUCUUGGACCGAGAUGCAGAGCGAGUCGUGCAAGUCCGGAGCGGGGAAACUGAGGUGGCCAGCAAGGGGACCAUCCGCCUAGAACGGCCCUGUGGUGUGGCUGUCGAGGGUCCUGAUCGAGCAGUUUAUGUUCUCGACCGGGAAGGAAGCCGUGUGGUACGGUAUGUGCGCGGCCGUUCGAUGCAGGUGGCUGGAGGCACUGAGCCAGGUGCAGGGCCAGGCCAGCUCAAUGCAGGCCCCACAGGCCGCAUUUUUGCAGCCAAAGGUGGGCGCCUUUACAUCUCUGACACUGGAAAUCACCGGGUGCAGAGGUGGGAUCCGGGAGCCAAAGUAGGAAUUACAGUGGCUGGAGGUCAUGGUUGCGGUAGUGGCGCUGACCAACUGAGCCAUCCAGGGGGGAUUUGGGCUUUGGACAAUGGCACUGUCUAUGUCGCUGACGUGGGGAAUCACAGGGUAAUGAAGUGGCGUGAUGGUGCAAAGGCGGGUGUGUUGGCUGCAGGGGGCUACGGUCCUGGCGAUGGCUUGCACCAGCUGAAGGAGCCGGUGGAUGUGACUGUAGAUGCUUUGGGUGCCCUGAUUGUUGCUGAUUUCGGCAAUGCCCGGGUCAUGCGCUGGUCACCACCAUCCAUCUCCACUGAACUGCUCGCAGCGGUGAGGGGAUAA